GUGCCCGUCUUUGCCAAUAGGCGUGUAGCUUGUUGAGGGGGUGGGGCCUGUGGCGGCUUACGGCAGAAGCAGGGAUGUCAGCACCAGACUCAGGAACAGCUCCACCUGGUCAGACUGCCUCUUUUCCUACUGCUCCUCCUCUGAUGCCUCCACCUUUUAUGCCACCUCCUGGGCUUCCACCUCCAUUUCCACCUAUUGGGCUGCCACCAAUUGGACAGAGGCCUCCAGCAAUGCCCCCAAUUCCACAUGCAUUGAUGCCGCCUAUGAUUCCACCUAUGGCAGGACCACCCCCUCUAACUCAGAUCCCAAAUAUGGUACCUCCUUUGAUGCCAGCCGUGAUGCUACCCACGGUAACAACCAGUACUAGUACGCAGGCGACUGCUCCAGGAGCAGAGUCUGUGAGCUCAGCAGUGACUCAGCCAGUUCCUAACAUGCCGAAGAUAACUGUGGAUGACAGUUCUCCCUCUCAGGACAUUCCAAAAAAGAAGUCUCUAUGGACUGAGCAUAAAGCUCCAGAUGGGCGUACCUACUUCUAUAACACAGAUACCAAACAAUCCACCUGGGAGAAGCCAGAUGAGAUGAAGUCUAAAACAGAGCUGCUCCUGUCACAGUGUUGCUGGAAGGAAUAUAAAUCCGACACAGGCAAACCAUAUUAUUACAACUCUCAGACCAAGGAGUCACGCUGGACCAAACCCAAAGACUUAGACGAAUUAGAGGGUUUGAUAAAGCAGGAGGAAGAAGCUGGAAUUGACCAUAAAAGUCAGUCUGCUGCUUCCAGUCCUCAUUCUACAGCAGCUUCUUCUGAUGCUGAAAUGGCACCCAGUGAGGAGAUAGCUGUUGUGCAGCCCCACAUACCUGAGCCUAUUGACACUGCUGACACAGAGGCUGCACAGGAGGAUGCUGCAGCUUACCAGAAAGAUAUCAUCAAUAGUGAUAGCCUCCAAAUGGAGGAUGAAGGUAAAAUGGAGCCAGAGAAAAUAUUUUAUCACUGGAGCACAAAGGAAGAAGCAAAGCAGUUAUUUAAGGACCUGCUGAAAGAAAAGGGUGUUCCUUCUAAUGCAUCAUGGGAGCAAGCAAUGAAAAUGAUUAUAAAUGAUCCACGGUACAGUGCCCUACCCAAGCUGAGUGAGAAGAAGCAGGCGUUCAAUGCUUACAAAUCACAGCGCGAGAAGGAGGAAAAGGAGGAAACCAGACUCAGGGCUAAGGAAGCUAAGGAGAAGCUGCAGCGUUUCCUAGAGCAACACGAGAGGAUGACCUCAGCUACUCGCUACAGGAAAGCUGAGCAGAUGUUUGGGGAACAAGAAGUUUGGUCAGUUGUACCAGAGCGAGAUCGAAAAGAAAUAUAUGAUGAUGUACUAUUCUUCCUUGCAAAGAAAGAAAAGGAACAAGCAAAGCAGCUGAGGAAACGCAAUGUUCAAGCACUGAAAAAUAUUUUGGAUAAUAUGAGCAAUGUCUGCUUCCAGACCACAUGGUCAGAGGCACAGCAGUACCUCAUGGAUAAUCCAAUGUUUGCAGAGGAUGAAGAGCUGCAGAAGAUUUCAACCAAACACGUCGACAAUGAUGUUAUAGAUAUGGAUAAGGAAGAUGCUCUCAUUUGCUUUGAGGAACACAUCCGAGCUCUGGAAAAAGAUGAAACAGAAGAAAAGGAGAAAACCAGGCUGCGGGAAAGGCGCCAGCAACGUAAAAACCGUGAAUCCUUUCAGGUGUUUCUGGAUGAGCUACAUGAGACCGGUCAAUUACACUCCAUGUCCACAUGGAUGGAACUUUAUCCGUCAGUAAGCACGGACUCUCGCUUUGCUAACAUGCUGGGACAGACAGGCUCUACACCACUUGAUCUGUUUAAGUUCUAUGUGGAGGAUCUGAAGGCUCGAUUCCAUGAUGAGAAAAAAAUUAUUAAGGAUAUCUUGAAGGAUCGUAACUUCAGUGUGGAAGUGAAUACUACUUUUGAAGACUUUGCUCACAUUAUCAGCUUUGACAAGCGGGCGGCUACACUCGAUGCAGGAAACAUUAAGUUAACAUUUAAUAGCUUGUUGGAGAAAGCGGAGGCUCGGGAGCGUGAGCGAGGAAAGGAGGAAGCUCGCAAGUUUCGAAGGAAGGAAGCUGCAUUUAAAAGCAUGCUGAAGCAGGCAGCUCCUCCCCUGGAAUCAGACUGCAGCUGGGAGGAUGUACGGGAGCGUUUUGUGGGUGACAGUGCUUUUGAUCAGAUCACAGUGGAAUCGGAAAGGAUCCGUCUGUUUAAGGAGUUUCUUCUUUCUAUUGAGAAUGAAUGUCAGCAUCAUCACUUCAAAGGCAAGAAGCACUCGAAGAAAUCCAAGAAGCACCACCGUAAGCACUCUCAUUCACAGUCUCCCAGCCCUGCAGAAAGGGGGAAGAAGAAAGCUCCAGACACAUUUACUACAUGGGACAAUGCUGGAGCAGGGGAGAAGGCUUCAGGAACAGAUGAGGAAAAUAACCAGCAUCGUUUACCAAAGAGAAAAAAGAGAACUCAUUCCGAGUCUGGAUCUGAUGUUUCAUCAUCAGUUGAUUCAGAACAUAGCUCCAAGAAAUCAAAGAGGCAGAAAAAGAAGAAUAAGAAAAAGAGACACAAAUCGAACAGUCCUGAGAGUGAAGCAGAGAGGGCAAAAGAGAAAAGUAAGAGAGAGAGAGAGCAAGACAGUGAACAGAUGAAAGAGAGAGAGAAAGACAGAGACCAUUAUGAAAACGUGGACUCUACAGACAGUCGACGCAGAUCGCUAAAGCAAGCCACACAGAAGGAGAAAACAGGCUGGGACACGUCAGAGAGUGAGCUCAGCGAGGGAGAGCUGGAGAAGAGACGACGUACCUUACUGCAGCAACUGGAUGAUAAUCAGUAGAUAGAGAUGACAUAUGACACUAGAGUGAAGUGAUGAUCAUCAGAAUUAAAAUCUAAUAAAUCUGCA